GCGGCCUGUGGGCGACGCGGCCAACAACCCGCGCGCCCUCUAGAAACACCGAUACACAGCCACUACAUACGGUCGGUCAUGAAAAAUCUUGCCAAUUUGCUGGCUGUCCCGAUCAGCGAACACGUGGUAACUUUCAUCUUCUUGAUAGCCGCUGCCACACUGCUCAGGUGGACGACAGAAGGGCGUUGCGCCCGCUGGUGGUCAGCGGCGGGAGUUCGCGGGCGUAGAGCGUGUCGCGCGCGUUUUACUCACCACACACACCCGCCCAUUCACUGUUAGCAGUAGGCAGUUCACUCGGGGGGAGUUCGAUAGACAAUGUCCGAGGACUUGGACUCGAUCAGCGAGGAAGAACGAAGCUUGUUCCAACCUUUCACACGAGAGUCACUGGCCGCUAUCGAAGCCCGCAUAGCUGAAGAGCAUGCCAAGCAAAAAGAACUCGAGAAAAAACGAGCGGAAGGCGAGGUUCGCUAUGAUGACGAGGACGAAGAUGAAGGUCCGCAACCUGACGCGACCCUGGAGCAGGGUUUGCCGUUGCCCGUGCGAAUGCAGGGCUCCUUCCCUCUGGAGCUCGCCUCCACGCCCCUCGAGGACAUUGACCCCUUCUAUCAUAACCAGAGAACCUUCGUAGUUAUAAGCAAGGGUAAAGAUAUCUUCAGAUUCUCGGCAACGAAGGCUUUUUGGUUUCUAGACCCCUUCAAUCCAAUAAGAAGAGUGGCGAUAUACAUAUUAGUACAUCCUCUGUUCUCUUUGUUUAUCAUAACUACGAUCUUAGUGAACUGCAUUCUUAUGAUAAUGCCUACAACGCCGACUGUCGAAAGUACUGAAGUUAUCUUUACCGGGAUCUACACGUUUGAAUCAGCGGUGAAAGUAAUGGCCAGGGGUUUUAUACUACAGCCAUUCACCUACCUUAGAGAUGCAUGGAAUUGGCUUGACUUCGUAGUUAUAGCUUUAGCUUAUGUGACGAUGGGCAUAGAUCUCGGCAACUUGGCCGCGCUCAGAACGUUCAGAGUACUGCGUGCGCUGAAGACUGUGGCCAUCGUACCGGGUUUGAAAACCAUCGUCGGAGCCGUAAUAGAGUCAGUGAAGAAUCUGCGGGAUGUAAUCAUCCUGACAAUGUUUUCACUGUCUGUGUUCGCGCUAAUGGGCCUCCAGAUCUACAUGGGCGUGUUGACUCAGAAGUGCAUCAAAGUAUUCCCCGAAGAUGGCUCCUGGGGCAACCUCACUGACGAGAACUGGGAGAGAUUCUGUCAAAACGAAACGAAUUGGUUCGGCGACGCCGGAGAGUAUCCGUUAUGUGGAAACUCAUCGGGAGCCGGGCAAUGUGAACCUGGUUACAUAUGCUUGCAAGGCUACGGUCCAAAUCCUAACUACGGAUAUACGAGUUUUGAUACUUUCGGAUGGGCAUUUCUAUCAGCCUUUCGUCUCAUGACUCAAGAUUAUUGGGAAAAUCUAUAUCAAUUGGUGCUGAGGUCGGCGGGCUCAUGGCAUGUGUUGUUUUUCGUGGUGAUCAUUUUCUUGGGCUCAUUCUAUCUUGUAAAUUUGAUCUUGGCUAUCGUCGCCAUGUCGUACGAUGAAUUGCAAAAGAAAGCCGAAGAGGAAGAACAAGCAGAAGAGGAAGCACUACGAGAAGCAGAACAAAAAGCAGCGGCAAGAGCGGACAAGCAAGAAGCUAGAGAAGCACACGCUAGGGCAGCCGCCGAAGCAGCGGCCUAUGCUGAGGCUCACCCCGCGAAAUCCCCGAGCGACUUCUCAUGUCAAAGCUACGAGCUCUUCGUGAACCAGGAGCGAGGCAACCAAGACGAUAAUACUCGGGAGCGCAUGUCCCUCCGAAGCGACCCCUUCGCGGAUUCGGUGAGCACACAGCCCACGCACAAGCCCACCGCCAUCGAACAGCACCACGACACGCGCCGGCAGAGGAAGGUCAGCAUGGUCCCCCACCCUGAUCGCAUAAAUAAAUACACAGGCCCGUUGUCAUAUGGGCCACUGCGCGAGGGCUCACAGGCUUCAUUAUCCCUGCCGGGCUCACCGUUCAAUUUACGACGAGGAUCGAGAGGUUCCCAUCAGAUGGCGCUGCGGCCGAAUGCAAGAGCCCGAUAUCCGCCUGGAGCUGAUCGGAAACCAUUAGUAUUAUCCACAUAUUUGGAUGCUCAAGAACAUCUACCGUAUGCUGAUGACUCUAACGCUGUUACGCCAAUGUCAGAAGAAAAUGGUGCUAUCAUUAUUCCGGUCUAUUAUGCUAACUUAGGUUCAAGGCAUUCGUCGUAUACAUCCCAUCAAUCAAGGUUGUCGUAUACGUCACAUGGAGACUUACUGGGUGGUAAGGCACAGACUAAAGAGGCCAGACUGCGCGGACGAUCAGCUUCGAGGAAUCACAGCGUGACGUCACAGCCACACGCCUACCCACUACCUAGACAAGACUCGUCCUUGGCCUCGAGACCACUUAGAGAAUAUGAAAUGAGCACAACAGAAUGCACGGACGAAGCUGGGAAAGUUUUGAAACCCUCCAACGACAACCCUUUUAUAGAAUCGUCACAGCAACCCAACGUUGUAGAUAUGAGAGAUGUAAUGGUACUAAAUGAAAUCAUCGAGCAAGCGGGCAGACAGAGUCGUGCGAGCGAUCACAAUGUGUCAGUGUACUACUUCCCAACAGCCGAAGACGAUGAGGAUGGGCCGACGUUUAAGGAGAAGCUGCUGGAGUGCUUUAUGAAGGGAAUAGACUUGUUCUGUGUGUGGGACUGCUGUUGGUUGUGGCUCGAGUUCCAGAAGUACGUCGCACUGCUGGUGUUCGACCCGUUCGUCGAGUUGUUUAUCACGUUGUGUAUCGUGGUCAAUACAUUGUUUAUGGCUAUGGAUCAUCACGAUAUGGACCCAGAUAUGGAGAAAGCGCUCAAGAGUGGCAAUUAUUUUUUCACCGCAACUUUUGGUAUAGAAGCAACAUUGAAAUUAGUAGCAAUGAGUCCAAAGUAUUAUUUUCAAGAAGGUUGGAAUAUUUUUGACUUUAUUAUCGUGGCCUUAUCACUGUUGGAAUUGGGACUGGAAGGUGUUCAGGGUUUGUCUGUAUUGCGUUCUUUUCGUUUGCUUCGAGUAUUCAAAUUGGCAAAGUCAUGGCCGACACUUAAUUUACUCAUCUCUAUAAUGGGUAGGACAAUGGGUGCCUUGGGCAACCUGACCUUCGUAUUGUGCAUCAUUAUUUUCAUAUUUGCGGUGAUGGGUAUGCAACUAUUCGGAAAAAAUUACGUGGAUUAUGUGGACCGCUUCCCCGGCGGAGAUUUACCAAGAUGGAACUUCACAGAUUUCAUGCACAGCUUCAUGAUCGUAUUCCGAGUUCUGUGCGGAGAAUGGAUAGAAAGUAUGUGGGAUUGUAUGUUAGUCGGAGAUGUAUCGUGUAUACCAUUUUUCCUUGCCACGGUUGUAAUCGGAAACCUUGUGGUACUUAACCUCUUCUUAGCUCUGUUACUGUCCAAUUUCGGCUCAUCAAGCUUAUCGACUCCUACAGCUGAUCAAGACACAAACAAAAUAGCUGAAGCCUUUAAUCGAAUAUCAAGGUUCAUAGAUUGGAUAAAACGUAAUGUGGCCGAUUUCAUGAAGCUAUUGAAGAAUAAACUGACAAAUCAAAUAGCUAUUCAUGCGCCCGGCUUAAAAGCGGCUUUAUGUGGCCGCUGUGUCUCCUCAGAACGAGUGGACAACGAACUGGAACUGGGCACAGACAUCGAUGACGCCGUUCUCUAUAAAGAUAAGAAAUUAAAGGAUCAAGUAGAAGUAGCUAUUGGCGAUGGCAUGGAAUUCACUAUACCAGGAGACAAUAAAUAUAAGAAAGGAAAAUUGUUAAUGAACAACAUUAAUGCAAUAACAGAUAACCAUAGAGAUAACCGAUUAGACUGUGAAUUAAAUCAUCAUGGAUAUCCAAUUCAGGACGACGAUACAAUAAGUCAAAAAUCAUAUGGCAGUCAUAAAAUUAGGUCUUUUAAAGAUGAAAGUCAUAAGGGAUCAGCGGACACGAUAGAUGGUGAAGAAAAAAAAGAUGCUAGCAAAGAAGAAUUAGGUUUAGAAGAAGAAAUGAUCGAAGAAGAGGAGGAUAAAGGAGAUGGUGCCCUAGGAAAAACAGAUAUUGUCGUUGCCGCCGAAGAAGAUCUCAUUGAUGAUACGCCUGCUGACUGCUGUCCAGAACCGUGUUAUCAGAAAUUUCCUUUUCUUGCUGGAGAUGACGAUUCACCAUUUUGGCAAGGCUGGGGCAUGCUGCGAUUAAAAACAUUCAAACUUAUUGAAAAUACUUAUUUUGAAACGGCUGUGAUCACCAUGAUUUUACUCAGUAGUUUGGCUUUGGCGUUAGAAGAUGUACAUUUACCUCAUCGGCCGAUUCUUCAAGAUAUACUAUAUUAUAUGGAUCGAAUAUUCACUGUUAUCUUUUUCAUCGAGAUGUUAAUCAAGUGGCUUGCACUCGGCUUCCAGAAAUACUUCACAAACGCUUGGUGUUGGCUCGAUUUCAUCAUUGUUAUGGUCUCGCUUAUAAACUUCGUAGCGGCGCUUUGUGGCGCUGGUGGCAUUCAGGCGUUCAAAACGAUGCGAACGCUCCGGGCACUGCGUCCUCUCAGAGCCAUGAGCCGCAUGCAGGGCAUGAGGGUCGUAGUGAACGCUCUGGUACAAGCCAUUCCCUCUAUCUUCAAUGUGCUUCUCGUGUGUCUCAUCUUCUGGCUAAUUUUUGCCAUCAUGGGAGUGCAACUCUUUGCUGGCAAAUAUUUCAAGUGCGUCGACCUUAACCACACUGCAUUGAGCCAUGAAAUAAUUCCGGACCGAAAUGCCUGUACCUUGGAAAACUAUACCUGGGAAAAUUCGCCGAUGAACUUUGAUCACGUAGGCAAAGCAUACCUUUGUCUAUUUCAAGUGGCUACUUUUAAAGGCUGGAUACAAAUUAUGAAUGAUGCUAUCGAUUCCAGAGAGGUCGGAAGACAACCCAUAAGAGAAACGAAUAUUUACAUGUAUCUUUAUUUUGUAUUUUUCAUUAUAUUUGGCUCUUUCUUUACUCUUAACCUAUUCAUCGGUGUGAUCAUCGACAACUUCAACGAACAGAAAAAGAAAGCUGGUGGUAGUUUAGAAAUGUUUAUGACUGAAGAUCAGAAGAAAUAUUACAAUGCCAUGAAAAAGAUGGGUUCUAAGAAACCACUUAAGGCCAUACCAAGACCAAAGUGGCGGCCGCAAGCUAUAGUCUUCGAAAUAGUAACAGAUAAGAAAUUCGAUAUGAUUAUUAUGUUAUUCAUUGGUCUGAAUAUGUUAACUAUGACAUUAGACCAUUACCAACAGUCAGACACGUUCAGCAAUGUCCUUGACUACCUUAAUAUGAUAUUCAUUGUAAUAUUUAGCUCAGAGUGCCUAUUAAAAAUAUUUGCCUUACGGUACCACUACUUCGUCGAGCCGUGGAAUUUAUUCGAUUUCGUCGUAGUUAUGUUCUCUAUACUUAGUUUGGUAUUGAGUGAUAUUAUAGAAAAAUAUUUUGUAUCACCAACACUCUUGAGGGUGGUGAGAGUAGCAAAAGUUGGUCGAGUUCUUCGACUCGUUAAAGGCGCUAAAGGCAUUCGAACAUUAUUGUUUGCGUUAGCUAUGUCGCUACCAGCUUUAUUCAAUAUCUGUCUACUCUUGUUCCUCGUCAUGUUUAUCUUCGCUAUAUUUGGAAUGUCAUUCUUCAUGCAUGUCAAAGAUAAAGGAGGGCUCGACGACGUCUACAAUUUUAAAACUUUUGUACAGAGUAUGAUACUACUAUUUCAGAUGUCAACAUCUGCUGGUUGGGAUGGUGUACUUGAUGGCAUUAUAAACGAAGAGGAGUGUGACUUGCCUGACAAUGAGCGCGGAUACCCGGGCAACUGUGGAUCAGCGACGAUCGGAAUCACAUUUCUUCUAUCCUACCUCGUCAUCUCCUUUCUUAUCGUUAUCAACAUGUAUAUCGCCGUCAUUCUCGAGAACUACUCACAGGCGACUGAAGAUGUACAAGAAGGUCUCACAGAUGACGACUAUGACAUGUACUAUGAAAUCUGGCAGCGGUUCGAUCCAGACGGUACUCAAUACAUUAGGUAUGAUCAGUUAUCCGACUUCCUCGACGUACUCGAACCGCCGCUCCAGAUCCACAAGCCGAACAAGUACAAAAUCAUAUCCAUGGACAUACCUAUAUGCCGCAACGACCUGAUGUUCUGCGUGGACAUACUCGAUGCGCUCACGAAGGACUUCUUCGCGAGAAAGGGUAACCCGAUCGAGGACCCCGGAGACAUAGAGGUCGGGCGGCCCGACGAGGUCGGCUACGAGCCGGUGUCGUCGACGCUGUGGCGGCAGCGCGAGGAGUACUGCGCGCGGCUCAUCCAGCACGCGUGGCGGCGGCACCGGCGCGCGCACGACGGGCCGGGCGGCGAGGAGGAGGCGGGCGGCGGCGCGGGCGGCGCGGGCGGCGCGGGCGGCGCGGGCGGCGCGGGCGGCGCGGGCGGCGCGGCGGGCGCGGGCGGGGAGGGCGGCGAGGCGGACGCGGGCGCGGCCACGGCCGUGCUGCUGGACGCCGUGACGCCCAACGGGCACCGCGUGGUGCUGCAGGCGGCGGGGGCGGCGCCGCGCCCGCCCGAGCCCGCGCCGCCGCCCGCGCCCGUCUGA